AUGCCCUGGCGUGUCCACAAGGCCGCCAUCUCCAUACACAUCCUGUCAAAGCAGGCACUCCACUGGGAACAUCAUUUCCAUCUGUUCCCGCGCACUCCACACCGCGGCCGACUCUCCGAACACACGCUAGCGAACCCAGCGACCCGCUGCCUAAGCCUUGACACAGCUCCCCGCGCCAGCCUCCACGGAUUCUCUCCGCACCAAAAACCGAAGCCCAAGACGAGCGCCUCAAACGCAACGUUUUCCCAUCUCCCCUUCUCAAUUAGUCCUCCACGACUCACGCCCCGCCUCCCCAAACCCCUUCGGAAGCUGCUCCUCCCACCAGACCCCAACCCACACUGGGGAAAAACGGGGGAACCCCCCCUGGGCCCAAAAGGCCCAAAGGGGGCCCCCGGGGCCCCCGGGCGGCGAGGGGCGUCCCUCGUUUCGGCGCGCGCCAACCACCGAGGGGCGCACCGCGAAACGAGGGACCCGCCCACGCCGCUUAUCCGGCGCGACAAACAGAGGCAGAAAACCGGUUCCGAGGGACGCCGCUCCUCCAGCCCGCGCUCGGGCCCAGCCCCGCUUCGCAUCCCCACCCGAACCGAGCGGUUCACCUUGGAGACCUGCGGCGAUAUGGGUACGGCCCCAGGCGCGAGAUUUACACCGUCUCCGCCGAUUUGCAAGGGCCGACAGAGUUCACCGACGCCGCCGAACCGCGGCGCGUUCCAGGGCACGGGCCCCUAUCCGGCAAACACCCCAUUCCUGGGUGCCCCGCCCUUCACAAAGAAAAGAAACUCUUCCGGGGCUCCCGCCGCCUUCUCCGGUUCCGUUUGCGUUUACCGCACUGGACGCCUCGCGGCGCCUAUCUCCGCCCACUCCCGGGAGGCGCCGAACCAGGCGUCGGUUCAUCCCGCAGCGCCAGUUCUGCGACAAAAGGGGCCCACCUGGGCACCGCAUUCCACGCCCGCCUCCAAGCCAGCGAGCCGGCUUCUACCCAUUGAAAGUACCCUGGUCGACGACCGAUUUGACGUCAGGACCGCUACGGGCCACCACCAAGUUUCCUCGGCGUUCGCCUGCCCAGGCAGAGUUUUCACCAUCUUGCGGGUACUAUCGCGCGCGCUCUUGCCCACCUCCCCGAUGGGAAGCGGGCGAGACGGGGCCGGUGGUGCGCCCGACGCCCGGAGCGCCGGGAUCCCACCCGGGCCGGCGUGCGCCGGCCUUCACCUUCAUUGCGCCGUGGGGGCUCGUAGACACCCUCUGACUCGCGCGUGCGUUAGACUCCUUGGUCCGUGUUUCAAGACGGGUCGGGUGGGUCUGCCGCUGUCGCCGCAGACCCCGAGCGCUCAACGAGGACCGAUCCCCGCCUCGGGCGCGCGGCGCCGGGCAGACACGGACUGUGGACAGUCCGGACCGGUCGACAGCCGCGCGGGGGCAGGGGGCCCCGUCCGUCCCGAGGAAGGAGACGCGAGGUACAUCGUCCGCGGCCCCGGGAAACGGCGAGGUGGGAGCGGGGGCUCUGUAAAGCGCUCCGCCGAAGGCGGUAAGCCACUUUGCCCCCGAGCCCUUCCAGGCGACCCAGAGCCGGUCGCGGCGCACCGCAAAGAGGAUGUGCGCCCGGAGGAAGCCGAUCCGACCGGCGGCCGGUCCCAGAGGAGAUCCAAACCGCACCGAAGGGCCGACGACCGCCGGGUUGAAUCCACCGAGCGGACGGCGCGGCACCCCAUCCGUUAUACCUCGGAACGGGGUCACGCCCUCUGGGAAACCGCGCUCAACAACCCGACGCCCGGGAAGAGCGGAACCCGCGGCGGGGGCCGUUACCGGCCUGCCACCGGCCUCCUGGGCUUGCCUCCCAUCAAAGACUCAGGGCCCCCGGCACCCGCGCCGGGAGAACUCGCACUUCCUUGCCGGCCGCUCGACGGACCGGCGGCGCGCUCUUCGGAGAGGGGGGGAAGAGGAACGACGCCCGAAGGACAGACUACUCUUCCACCGCCUGAACGACCCUCAACGGCCGACGGGAGGCGGCAGCGCGAGGGUUUUACCACCGGCAGCCGCGCACCCGUGCACACGAGGGCAGACCGACGUUUGGAGCGUGGGAGGAGAGAGCCAACGGUUUCGAACCAGCUCCGACUCGGCGGAAGGGCAACCGAGAAGCCACGGCGCGUCCUGCUCUUAGGGACGAAGGACGAGCGAGCGCCUGCGACCCCCCAGCCGCGGAAACGCCUGGGCGUGCCGAUUGAGGGGAAACGACCCUCAGACAGGCGUAGCCCCGGAUGGACCGGGCCGCAUUCAAGUUGGAUCGGCGGCGCGGCGCUCCGCCAGGCCCUCGAAUGGAGCCCCGGCGGGCCGAUCCGAGACCUCACGAAACCAGCCAAGCGCGUAGGAACGACGGGCGGUGUGUUGGCGCGCGGGGUCUCGCGCGGCCGCACCGGAGGCACCGCUUCCCCCCGAAGGGCGUCGAGGCCCGCCGGCCGCCGUGAGUCGUGGAGGUCUAUUGACCGACCGGGGACGACGGGGAAAACGGGCGUUUCGAGGCCGCGCUCGGGCUUCGGUGCGUUCCGCGAAGAUAUCCGUGGAGCCGCCUGGCCGCCGGGGAGGCCGGUGUCAAGCCGGCGUAGGCAGACGGGUCGACUGGGUCUCGCUCAGAGGGUUUCGGCACCGAGUCCGGGCGAGGCUCCGCCCACCCUGGGGGGGCCCGGGGCGCCUCGUCUCUGGCCUGGUCACCCGGGACCGGGAACCUCCUCGGGCCCCCGGGUCGGCCCGGGCCCCGGCCCCCGCCCCGGGCCCCCGGGCCUACCCCAGGCUCCCCAGGCGCGAGUUUCCGGAUCAGCCUUAAACCCCCCAAUAGGACACGGACCCCCUGCCACCACCUAA